AUGGGGCUCCAUGGAAUACAAGCUAUGAGCGAAGACCGUUUACGAGUCCUGCGACUAGCUCAAGAGAAGUCAGACCUCCAGGAUAUGGGCCUGAAGAAAACCAAGGCAGUGGCAUUUCCUGCUGUUGAAUUGAUUGAUGCAGAAAUAGCGCAGUCAUUUUCACAACAAAGGAAAAAAAGAGAUGGCGGUGGUCCUACAUAUCAUGAAACUUUUGCUUAUGCUCAAGGGCCGUUUGCUCGUGACUUUGUUCACGUGUGGCAUCCCCACAAUCAAAAUGUGGGAGCAACAGGUUCUGGUCUGUCUGGUGUUGCUACUGUCUCGAGUACUCUUGGUGUACUUCGAGCUUACAGUCCAAAUUCGACAUCAGCAUCCUCCAGUAAUUUGUCAACUGUCCAUAUGGGUGGACUAACAUGUAUAACUCAGCCGACGACAGAACUGGGGUCUGAGGAUACUGUUAUUGCACAAUUUUUGAGUAAUCCUGCCCAAGUUGGACCAAGCGAGUCUCCUGUCCUAUUUAGUGGAACAGUUGGUGCUGCAUCUACAUUUUCUCCAUUGGCAUCUAAUGACCUUCCUGAAAUAAGUGCUAUGGUGCCCCCUCCAUCAACAUCUGCUGAUCGUCUGGGACCUGUAUUACUUGGUUGUAUACGAGACGUCUUGUGGCACGGCCAUUUCUUAAGGUAUUUCUCGCUACAAUUAAUUGGUGACAACUCUGUUCUGUUCCACUACAGGUAUCUCUUGAUAUUGGACCGCACGAACUGGAAGACCAACAUGCUGACAGCUCUCUUGGUUCCUUACAUUUUCUUCACUCUGCCUAAUGUGUUGUUUUCUCUGAUCAGAGGAGAGGUGGGGAAAUGGAUUGUGAUUAUUGCUGUUAUUCUGCGCCUAUUUUUUCCGCGCCACUUCCCAGCGGUCGCCCCCAGUCUGUUCGCACACACCUUCAGGGACGACCUCGUCGGUGUCUUCAUAUGCCUUGCGAUCGGAUGCUACCUGCUCCAAGAGCACAUCAGGGCGUCAGAUGGACUUAGGAACGCCUUCAGGAAGGGCAAUGGCGUGUCCAACUCCAUUGGCAUCCUCCUGCUCUUCAUCUACCCUGUCUAG